GCGAUAAUUCAUGUAUAAGAAAACAAAUGAAUAAUAAAAUUCAAUUCAAACUCAAUUUACUUGCUAUUUAUAGUGGAGAAUCCUAUGCUUUGCGUAUAAACUAACAAAUAAAUUGAAUUUCCAGUAGUUGUGAGGAAUUUAAUUAAAUUUGCAUAAAAUAUAUUAAUCAUCUAAUAAUAGAAAUAUUAUUUAAAGUUUUAUUAUUGAGAUGAAAAUAAAUAUUUUGAAGACAGUGGAAGUAUUGGUUUCAAUAUAUAUCGGGUUACUAUUAGUGGCAAUACCCGAGACUGUGGGUCAGGAGUGCUUAUGUACGGCUAAAUUUGUUGGCGAGUAUUGCGGUAAUGAAUUAAAUGUGGGCUCAGAAGCAAGUAAUUGUAGUCAAGAUCUGAUAUACUUUUGUGGCAAAAGUAAUAUGAGAAAGACUGCAUACGAGUUGAGGGCAUGUACUGAGGGUAAGGGCUAUCCGUGCAAUACUAAAGAAAAUAAAGACAACCCAUGCUUUCAAAACCUUCGCUGCAAUUGUGGCGAUAAUAACAGUCGACGGAAGAAGUAUUGCGGAUCAGAUCUGGUGGGCCCGGGAUGUAAGCCUAACAUUGUAUACAAGUGUCCGAUGUUUAGGUCAAGCAAACUGCAAGUGGAAGACGCCUGUCCUAAUGGAUGUAAAGAUGGUAAAUGUGUCAACUAAAUGCUCAACAAUUUUCACC